AACCUCAAGGCAUCUUCCCAGGAUCACAUGACGUUGGUGCUAGCGAGUUGAUAAGGAUGGGUGACUAUACUCAUUGUGAAAUCAAUCCCGGGGGAAGUUAAUGUCACAAACGGGUGCUGGGUGGGGAUCUGCAGGUCCCCUGGGGACAAAACAUUGCAGCUCCUGAUGGGUCCACGAAGAAAAGGAGCUCACAUGAUCUUGCUAUGACUUGUCUUCUCAGGCUGUGUGUGUGUGUAAUGCUUGGAUGGGUUGAUGCGCUCCUCUUCUUUGUCCUCCAUAGUAGGCAGAUGAGUCGCAGCGCACCGUUAGGAAUGAGCUAUCCAGAAGGGAAGGGAAAACUCCUCGCCACUCUUUUUUCGCCUGAACUGGAACGAACUGUGAAUAAAAAAACAUUUUGACUUUUUGACAGCUGGGAGAGUUCUAAAUUUGCAACGCCGCUUUGUUCAUCACUUCAUGACUCUAACGAGGCCUGGGUCGACAGAGGACUCGUUCAGCUCCUCUCCUCCUACGCAUGGGACACCCGCUUAACAUUUUCUGUUAGUCCCCGGUUUGAUUUUCAGUGCCCCCCCUCACCUUCAGGUAAUCCUUCUGGAUCAUUGUCCCUUCAGCAAGUUUGUACCUGCUGGUUCCGCUUACUGCCCGGUCUCCAUAGCAAUGGGAUCUACAUUCAGCCAGUUCUGCAUGCGCUGUUGCUGCUGCUGCUGUGCUGCGGAAGAAGACGACAACGACGAGAAGCAGGCUUUACUUCCUCCAGACCCCCUGGAGUACUUUGACCGUGAGGUCCAGAAGCGGCGGGACCAGGAGACCAACCUGUGGAGUGAGCCGGGGGACCCCAGCCACUCUGAGAGGGACGAUGACCGGGCCCUCUACGGACUGCUCCAGGCUCGGGGCAAGACUCGCACGGGCUCCACGAGGUUCCGGCGCCUGAGCGUAGACAUCGAGGCAUUGAGAGAUACACGGCGAGAGGUCAGAGACAAGUGGAAGACCAUCCUGGAGAACCUGGGUUUCAUGGCGGAGGCGGAUUCCUUGCUGACGGUGUCGGCCACCGCGUCCUCCGACCGCAUGCGCAACGCAGCGGCCGCUCGCACCAUGCUGCACACCUUGUCCUCCGAGACCUCCCUUUUCGAAUCCAGAGAGCCUCCCCCCGAGAGAUACCUCUUCAUUCUGGAUCGUCUUAUAUAUCUCGACGUAGCGGACGACUUCCUGGCAAAGGCCAGGCGCUUCUACCCUCCUCGGGAUUCUGAUGAGGAAGAGGAGGGCUCAGGGCUGUCCAUUAACCUGCCCCUGUUGCUGGCCCGGAUGGAGGCGGGCGUGAAAAGAGGAGCGGACGGUGUUGACGAGGACGAUGAAGAAAGUGAAAGAGAAUAUUAGAAACGUUGAGGAGGAGGAGGAGGAGGAGGAGGAGGAGGAGGAGGAGAUGGAGAAGAAAACUGUGGUCUUUGUUGCUUGACUGGCUUUAGUUGCGUCUUUCUCUCUUCCUAUUGGUGGUUCUCCACCACUGCUGUGUGGAAUUCAAAGUCUGAAUCCCAUCUUGUCCCAUACUCUUCCGUUAUUCAGAAAUAAAAUCCCAUCGGUGAUGAACAAAGUUGAGUUUCAGAUUUUUCUCUGGAGAGCAGUUUGUGUUUGUGUCUGUGUCCUGUGGUCCACAGAGUUAGAGGUUUUUCAUUUGUUCCCCUCUUUUACCCCGGGGCAUAUUAUGUUCAAAUAUGAAAAGGUUCCAUUUAUAAUUUGUCUUAUGAUUAUCAGCACUCUGCACUCUUUAAACCACAAGAUUUAUUUUUCAUUUACUAUCAUUCAGCAGGUCAAGGUCGAAUCGAACAAUUGCGAAUUGAACAUAACUCAUAGCAUAUUUAUUCACGUUAUUAUUCUGGUAAAAGUAGUAGCAUACAGUAGUAAUUGUGAAAAGCGAUUACUGUAGUCAAACGUUUUUUCUUUUUUGAGUUUAAGAAAAGAAAGGACAAGUUGAAGGAUAUGGAGAGGAUGUGAUGAAUUCACCCUUUGUAAACUAUGGCCGUAAGUUAUUUUAGCCCAUGAGGAGAUAGUUAGAGUUUUGUAUUGUUCGUAUGUAUUGGCUGUUUAGAAUGAUGUUUAAAUAAAGUUGUCCAUCUAAAUCCGGA